CUGGACGGCUGCUGUUGUGCUGCCUGUGACGGCGCUGGCAGUCAGAAUGAAAGCGUUGAGUAAGUGUCAGGAUGGAUGAGGGAGGUUUUCAGGCAGUGGGCUGUGGAAUAACACCGUGCGGCUCUUUCUCCGGAUUCCGAGGUGGUGGCGCAUAUGUGCGCUUAACUAUCUUCCAUCGAGACUCCGGCAGAGAAAUGAUUCAUUGGCGUCGGUAUUCGCACCAUCAUCAGCGUCAAAAUUGACCGACUGAGGAGUGGAGGGUGCUGUUAUGGAGAAACAAAGCAGAGUCAAAGAGGAAAUGAAGGAGGAGAAGCGCAAAGAGAAGAAAACGAAAUCUGGUAAGCUUUUCCGAAAGAAAUCUCUAAGGUCCGUGGGGAGCUUUAUGAACAGAAUCAUGAAAACUUUGGGCACUUUCACCCACUUUGGGGACGGCGACGCGCAGGACGCGGAGGACGACGACGGGGGGUUUGGAAAUGGCGCACCUUGCACCCUCACCGCCAGCUCGGGAACAGUCAUAGAGGAUGCACCGGUGGCUUGGGAUCGAGUGGCGAAACACCCUCCGAGCACGUCUUCAUCUCUGUGCGCCGGCAGAGAGAAACUGCUUUACCAGUAUGGAGACAAAGUCCCGGGCGUCCUGGGGCUGAAGAACCACGGGAACACCUGCUUCCUGAACGCAGUGGUCCAGUGUUUAAGUAACACCGACCUGCUGGCAGAGUAUCUGGGGCUGGAGCGCUACAAGAUGGACCUGAGGCAGAGCAGAGGAAACGGACUGGGGGCCGAGGAGAAGCGGGCACUAAAAGGAGAAGUAACGGAGCAGUUGGCAUCUCUAGUGAGAGCUCUGUGGACUCUGGAAUACACCCCGCAGCUGUCAGUGGACUUCAAGACGGUCGUGUCCAAGUACGGAUCCCAGUUUCGUGGUAAUUCCCAGCAUGAUGCCCUGGAAUUCCUCUUGUGGCUGUUGGAUCGCGUCCAUGAAGACGUCAUCCUGGUGUCUCACAAUAACAACAAGACCAAAGCUCCUGCAAAGGGUCCCGUUGGAGUGGAGGAGGUGCCGUGUCCUGACCCGAUCCAGUCCCAGCAGCCCAGGAUCCAGCAUAGCUUUGUCCAGGAGCAUUUCCAGGCUCAAUACAAAUCUUCCCUGACGUGUCCCCACUGCCUGAAACAGAGCAACACCUUUGACCCUUUCCUCUGCAUCUCAUUACCCAUCCCUCUUUGCCAGACAAGGCUGCUGUGUGUGACUCUGGUGUUCAGCACCAAGGGGCAGCGGUAUCUACGGGUAGGGCUGGCCGUGCCUCUGUUUGGUUCUGUGGCCUGCCUGAGGAGGAUUGUGGCAGAUGAGGGUAAACUCUCCCCAGACCAGGUGAUCCUGACAGAGGUUUACUCCACUGGGUUCCAUCGCUCCUUCUUUGAUGAGGAUGAUCUAACGUGCAUUGCUGAGAAUGACGUCAUCUACGCCUUCCAGGCGCCGCCGCUCUACAUCAGAGGUGGCUCUGCACGAAUCUCAGGGUAUCAUCACAGCUUGCCGUCAUCCCCUUAUUCCUCUGGUCCUGAGGGUCAAAGGUUACCAUCAUCCGGAGCAUUAUCAUCAGAGUUCCUCAACCAUGGUGUCCCAGUCAAGAUUCUGCUGCUGGUGUGCAAUGCUGCUGGAACAGGCCAGCAGACCGUUAGGUUUGGACCUCCAUUCUUAAUGAGGGAGGAUCGGUCUAUUUCCUGGGACCAACUCCAACAAAGCAUCCUCAGCAAGCUCUAUUACCUGAGGAUCGACGGUGCCCAUGCCCAGAAUAUCAGAGUGCUUUUCAACAUCCGUGUGGUGGGAGGAUCUACGUUUUACAACUACUUGUCACCUCAGGAUGGGCGACCCCUCUAUCACCCCGCCGUUGACAGGGCUCUGAAGCACUGCGGUUCUGGAGGACCUCCUCAUGUGAAGCUCAUCGUUGAGUGGGAGCACAGAGUCAAAGAUUGCCUGUUCGGUAACAUCCAUGAGGAAGUGGUGAAGGAUGCAGACAGCGUACGAAAUCUACAGCAGCACCACGUCCAACAGUUCAGCUGCACCUUGGAUGAGUGCUUCCAGCUCUACACCAAAGAGGAACAGCUCGCCCCAGAUGAUGCCUGGAAGUGCCCCUAUUGUAAGCAGCUGCAGCAGGGCAUGGUGAAGAUGAGUCUGUGGACCCUGCCGGACAUCCUCAUCCUCCACCUGAAGCGCUUCAGGCAGGUGGGCGAGCGGAGAAACAAGCUCACCACGUUCGUUCAUUUUCCCCUGGCUGGACUGGACAUGACACCUCACAUGGUGAACCGCAACAAUGGCCCCCACCAGGCCCCUCUUCAGCCAGGCUGGAAAAACUGCAGACGACCUGACCUUGCUCCUCCUGACUUCCUGUAUGAUCUCUACGCAGUCUGCAACCACCAUGGAGGAAUGCAUGGCGGCCAUUAUACAGCCUUUUGUCAAAACUCAGUUGAUGGUCAGUGGUACAGCUAUGACGACAGCACUGUUGAGCCAAUCCCAGAGGCCGAGGUAUGCACGCGUGGAGCCUACAUUCUCUUCUAUCAGAAAAGAAGCACCAUCCCCCCCUGGUCUGCUAGUUCCUCAGUCACUGGUUCCACCAGCUCUUCCACCUCUGACCACUGGCUGGUCCGACUGAAUGGGGGAAGCAGCAGCGGCAGCGUGGUCUCAGGGGUUCCCAGUCCGGCACUUUUGGAACCAACAUAUGCUCCAGAGUCUCCUGAGUUGCCAGUGUUUGGUGAUGAACCCAACAGAGGAGUAGAAGAUGGUUCCAAUCAGCUGAUGCGAGGGACCAAGUUUAGGAGUUUAAGCAUGAGGUCACCUGCCAAACCCAAGGACACCCUAAACAAAGUUCUUCCACUACGGUGGUCUUUCGGGUCAAAAGACCGCAUCAAGCACCCGGUCCAAGUCCAGUCUGGAGAGCUGGUGGAGUACCUGGAGUCCGGACGCCGGCCCAAAUGCACCAAAGAUCCUAUUAUCACCCUGGUGGCGACUCCACCUCAGAGGAGAGUCCUCGAAGUCGGACAGGACUGCAGCUCACCUAGUGGCAGCAGUCUUAGCUGUACAGACAGACUCAGCUCUGACAUUUGUCACUCUCCCAAACUUCCGGAGGGGCAGAGCCGAGCCUGCCUUGAGAGAAACACAGGCCAAGGAUCUGGUAAUGACAAGAAUCUCACUUCAAGAGAUGAUGAUAGUUUGAGGCAGGGAUCAUUGUCUAAGAGACUGAGAACAGAUCAGGUCAGGGCCCUGGACUUCCACCUACAGAAAGGGGGCAUUCUGGGUGGUCGUAUUAGCCACAGUGCUCCUCCAAGCAGAGAGUCUACGCUUAGAAGAACCAACGUCCAGACAAGUGCCAAUCCCAGGGGCCAAAUAGACUUAUCUCAGACUGCUAAAGACAAGAGGAACCCAAGAGAAGAGGAGGGUCAGAGCCAAGAAAGUCUCUUGUCGUAUUUCAAGCCGGUUUUCACAAAGAAAGACAUUCCUAGCUCCCCAGGCAAGGAACAAAUGAGGCGACUAAAUGGCCAAAACCACCUGGGAAAACUGGCAAGCAGUAAUUUAGCCAAACUGUCUCUUUCCAAUGGGACUCUUCCGGCAGCUCCAGAGAAGAGAGGCAGUACCGUUCCCAAUUGUGGUAGCCAUAACUGCAAAGUACAGCUGGUCAACGGAAAAGCUGGGAUACAGGAGCCUGUGGAUAUUCAGCGGGCUCACAGCUCCAGCAACAUCCAGUCCAAGCUGGAUGUUUCAUUUCGCAGGUGUGCCUCCCUUCAGAGGAACAGGGAAGUGGGGAUCUCUCAGGCGCACCGUGUCCUGCUGUCAGACAAGCCUGGCUACUCCACUCUGCAGCGGACACGGUACAGCACCACCUCCCUGGUGCCCAUGUGACAGCCAAGAAUGACUACUGGAUAAAGGUCCACCCUUUUGGUUUCCAAGCAGGGCACCCAGAGAAGCGCCUCCUACUGGAGGCAUCGCUUGGCGCAAACAUCUCCUUUUUUCAUAAUACUGAUCUAAGUUCUUACCUGUGUGUGUCUUAAACUAAAUCUAUGCAGAGUUUUAAAAAAUCUGUGAGAAAUUACUAGUUUUUUUUUUUCCACUCACCUUGUUCUCACGCUGUUGUCUGCUGUUACUUUUCCUGUCUGUUUGAAUUAGUAUUUGCUCUAAGUUCAGACUUCCAUGAGAACUCUCAGGACCCCAGGAAGUUAUUGAUGAGUAUGUUGAUGAGUGUGGUAUGUAUUGACAUAUAAGAAAGAAAUAUUUGUUCUACAGAUAGGCCAGCUUAUUAAAGACUGCAGAAAGUACUAACACCGAGCUAUAAAUUAAAACACUGGACAAAAAUUGUCUGCUGUUAGAGAGUUCAUAUUUCAAUGAUUUAUUUAUCAAAUUAAUAUAUAUUAUUAAUGCACCUUCUUUUAAAUGUUUUAAUUCUUUUUUUUAACACAAUUUAUAUCCAAAUCCUUGCAGGCGACUAACCUGUUGGAUGAGUAUAUGGAAGUAUACAUGGAGAUGUGGAAAUCCAUCCCAUAAACCGAUCUUCCUGCUUUUUGAUGUUUUGUGGAGAGAUGCAGCAAAAAAUUGUAUUCUUUACAAAUUGUUAUAUUAAAAACAAGCAAUGUAAAAAUAAAUAAAUAAAUAAAUACUGUCACUUAUAUCUGUUUUUAAUUUUCCCACCACCACGUCUAACCGAGCGGUUGGUGUCUUCAAGGUGUGUUCGGUGUUUCGCAACACACAUGACAGAUCUUAUCUAACCAGAGCACCUUCCUCCACAUGUUUACAGUGUCUCAAACAUGCUUCUUAUGGCUUCUCUAACAAACAUCGGAGGCCUUGACGGAACAGUUGGAUUCAUACUGAAAUUACAUUACACAUAGGUUGACUCAUUGUUGACAGGUUGACUAAGUAGGUGCUUUCUAAAGACAACUGGCUACAGUGGGUUUUAUUUAGGGGUAUCAGAGUAAAGGGAACUGAAUACAAGUUUUAGAUUUUCAUCUUUUAAAAAGAAGUGUUGAUCUUUUUUCCUUCCCCCUCACUAAUGCACUGCUUUAUGUUUCUCUGUCGCAUAAAAUCCUAUAAAAUGUGUUAUAGUUCAUGGUUUUAAUGUGACGCAAUAUGCAAACGUUCCAGGGGUGGGAAUUGUUUUACAGACCGCUGUAAAUAAUAUCCCUAACUCUAAAAAUAAUGUUAAACAGUCAAUUUUUUCAGAACAUCCCAUAAGUUGGUAUCAGGCCAUGAUGAUGGGAAAUUAAAUACAAACACACCCACAGCUCAUUACAAAAGCUUCCAGAGUAAUUUCCAUAAAUAUGCAAAUGAGUACAAGUCAACUGAUUAUAAAGGCAUUUCCAGAUGAUCUGGAGAGUAAUAAAGGAGAGAUUUGAUAUUUUAAUCACUAGUAUGGAUGUAGAUGUGUGAUACUUUCCCUGCAGUGACAUUCCAAUUCUUUCUUAUAAAAUACAACUAUUACAGGAACUGGAUAUGGAACAGUUUUUUUUCUGUUUACAAUUAAAAGUGGGAAUUAUCCUGUGUGCACAGAUUCUUUCUGCAGCCAUAAAAGGGGGUAAUCAUGGAUCAUCAGAUUCACAUAACCUGUAGGGGAGUUGUGAGUUAUACAGAUGCAUUUAUACUGCAUAUAAUUCACAGUCUUCAGUUGCAAAUACCAUUCUGUAUCUUUUAGCUUUUCUUCGGGAGUGAAACUCAAAGGGUAUAUAACUCAUGAAGUAAAAAAGUAAGUCAUAGUAAUCAGACUGAAGGAUCUGAUGAGAAAUUAUUUCGAAAAUUUGGUUACAUUACAUUUUACUAACUUUUUUCAACAUUUUGUACCUGAGCUAUAACUAUGUAAUUACAGUACCAGAUUAAAACUGUAUGUUUCAAAAGAGUGCAUAAGGUUAGAAUGUUACAUGUAGUAAAGUAAAUUUAAACUGGACACUGCACAUGUGUUUUUUUGUUGGACUGCUCUACUGCAAGUUUUAAUGAUCGCAGAAUAAACAGCCUUUCUCACAAAUA